UUUCCACUUUUUUGAAUGUGCUAUGUGAAUUUUAGCUUUUCGCCUGAACAACCGCCUAGUAUUUUAGCAUUAUGGAUAGUUCAUCUGAUACUUUUGCUGCAUGAUUACGAUCAGAAAAACGCUUGUUUGAUGUUAAUGUUGUUGAGUUAAUGUAACUAUAAUUUUAGAAACAUUUUGUCAAUUCUAGAAAAUGUCUGGUCGAAAUCUCAGAAAAUGUUGGCAAUUUUCGCAUAUCCCUAACCACAAAUGACGUACGUUCUCUAUUAUAUUUAUUAAUAACACAUGCAUCUGGUUACAGUCGAUUAACAAACUAAACAGCAACAGAGUGCAAGCAAAGUGACAGUAGAACAUUAGAUUUAUUACUGACAAGAUACACGUUACACUUAUCUUUUCAUUGUUCGUGUACAGGCCAGUCUAUACAUAAAAACAUUUCAAGUAUACAGCGAUAAGUAUAAAUCAAUUCGUAGGCCUGAAUGCAAUUAAUGUCUGGCAUUAUCAUAAUAAUGAACACCAGUAGCCUUUGGUACACGAAUCGCAUGUGCUUAUAGUUUUCCUCGGGGAUGCACCAACUUAACCUCUGUUGUGUCAUCGCUCUUUUUCAAUCUUAAUCCAAAUGUUUUAAAAUGUUUAUUGACUCAAGUUCAAUCUUUUCUCCUCUUUCGUCAACCUAUUAAUAUCUAUCUUUCAGCUUGUAACUCAGACGGAAAAAACCUUAAUGCUUGUUAUCUUGUACUUAAACUUUCUUCGAAAAUACUUUUUUCUAUCAAUAAACUUUCAGAUAUGCCAGUAAAAUCUUACCCUAGUUCAGGCAGUAAAGUUGGUUAUAAAUAUGGUUCUUUUUAAGUUUCUCUGAUGACUAAUGUACUUUCUUAUCUUCUUCUCAAAUCAAAAUUUUGAAGUUUCACUCCGUUUGCAACAUAAUUGAAAAGCAGAAAAGAUGUUCAGUUUAGUUGAGAGAAGACUUUGAAAAGAUAUGUCAUGACUAUUCCAAAGUUUUUGCCAAAUACUUACCCUGUUCUGAAACCAUGCCAUGGCAUUUCAUGAAGUGGACCUCUUUCUAAAAUUUUCUAAGUGUGAAUUUUAGGGAGAAGACAGAAAGUGAAUCCUCUAUUCCACUCUCCAGGUCUAAAGAAGGAGAGUUUAUUGAACAAUGAAGUUUUUAGUGGUCGCAUCAACAAAUUGCUACGAAAAAGAAGGCGUUUACUGAAAUUAUAUAUGUUUAGUUGAUGAAAUAGGUGGAAUAGUUUCAGAAACCUUGAUUUGGGACACCUUUUUUCUGUUGUCAAGUGAGUUGAGAGUGGUGGGGGACGUAUAUAGAAGCGUUCGUUGAGGAGAGCAGGAGUUUUGAUCAAAGAAUACACCGUAAUCAAUUUUUGAGGUUGACCUUCUCUUCUUAACUAGGAAAGCACCAAGAUGGACGACUGCUUAUGGAGACCCCCAGCAUCUUCUAUUACAGUAAUAGUCUGUAGCAUCGUCUUCAUGCCAACUGCUCUCUUUUCGUCGCUGCCUGUCAUCGUAGCAUUCUUCAAGAGAAAGGCAACAGGAGUCAAAACAGAGAUGAAUUUAUUCGUACUUGCAUCUACCAUUGCAAGCCUGUUCAGCAUUUUAGUAAACAUAUUGAGAGUUUGGCACCAUUAUUUAUCGACAAAGAGACUAGAUCCAUUGUCUCUCUAUCCGUCUGUUGCUCCUGCAUUUGUCGCUUGUCACAUAUUCUGGAUCUCCUCACAAUUCAUCGCAGCGCUGUGCAUCGUUGCCAUCUUGCUCCUCUACAUGUUUGACCGCCAGGCUACAGCUCGACGCCUCCAGAAAACCCGUUCAACAGUUUGGUACACGCUUGCUGUUGUAGCCAUCUACCUAACCAGCUUUGGCAUUGGUUCCCUGACCACUGCAGUAGGGCUGUCAACAAUGUUGAAAAUCAAAACCAUCGUGUUUUGCGUAAUUGCUGUACCGAGUGCUGUUGUGUCGUUCUUUCUGAUAUACAUAAGCUGGAAUGAUGGAGCAUCCACCGAAGGCAGGCAAAGUACUGUAAGCAUCAGCGAAAGAGAAAUCCAGGCUUCUGGAAAUGAGGCCUUGCCAGCAGGGGAGAAAAAUGAAAGCAUAACUGUUGAAGAUAAGCAGGAGCCUGAUAGCCGCCAAUGUGAUGCUCAAUUUGAUGUCUCUAUCCUGUAUAAAAUAUUCGUUUUUUGCGUAUUUGCUCUGAUGGAAGGCUUGCUGCUUUUUGUGGGAGGGUUUAUCGAUUCCAAGAAGUGUGUUGCAUUGUUUUGGAUGAAAGACAUUGGAUCUAUCCUCAUGCAGUGCUACCUCGCUACCAGCCCGAUCCUGUUUAUUGCUCUUUGUCCGUGCCUUAAAGCGGAAAUAAUCUUGAUGUUUUGGACACCAAAAGGCAAAGUACAACCGAACGGCAUUUAACAAGGUCAAACGCUGACCUUGAAUGAAACUAUAGCCAUAUAAUGAUCUAUUCACGAUUGCUAAAUAUUGAUGUUAUAACGAUCGAUUGAUCAUUACUCAAGAAAAUCGAACAGAGGUGGGCAUUGAUCAUUUUCUUUGGGGGGGGGCACGAUAUUGUCUGCUCAACUGACAAGAAUUUUUAGCUCAAAAAAAUUAUAAGGCGACAUCAAAAGUAUGAAAAUCUACUCAGAAUAGUUAUAUUUGGUUCAGAAGUCAAAGCAUGAAGUAAUGCCUUACUCCAAGACAAGCUUUUUGCCAUAUUUUAACUCUUUUUAGCCUUCGCUUUCCAUUUACCAGUCUUUCGGCCACAAGAGUUAGCCCAGAUCGCAACAUUAAGUUUAAAACCCGAAUAGCAAAUUUUUCCGCCAAUUUACAAUCUGGUAGGGGCUGUUGCCCUUACAAAUCCCCACAUGUUCCGCCCCUGGCAUCGAAUCCAAAUGCAACGUUGGAUAAAUAACUUAUUAGGUAAUUACCAUAAUGUAUUUACAUGUAUUGCAUGUACUGUAUUGGCAAGAUCUGUAUAGCAUUCAAU